UUAAACAGAUCCCCGGAGGGAGGAUGCUGCUUAACUUUGUGACACAGUGGGACCAUCUGUCCGCCUCCGCUCUCAGCCAAAUUUGUGUCUCAGUUUGGCUCUAAUUCAUCAGAAAACAGCGACACAUGUUUAAAGGGUUCCCUCCGAGUCUCUCUUCUUACUGUAUAAUGAUCCCAAAACCGGUUUAAUGCUCCUGCCGGGUCCGGGCUCUAACUUUCUCACUGCGGUGACGUCUAGAUUGCAGAGGGAUUAAAGAUUAGGAUCUGGAACAGCGUUGCAUAAUUAACUCCACGACGAGGAAUUGAGUUAUUCCCUCUCUCUCUCUCUCUUUCUCCCUCUGUCUCUCUCUCUCACUGUCUCACUCCGUCCGUCCGCCGCGUCGCACACUCCCGGUUUUAAAGUGGCACAACGUGGGCGGCGCGUCGAGGAUCUGAACCACCACAGCGGCUCCGCGCAGGACUCCUCAGAAGCUGGACGUGGAGCAGGCGGUGGGGGGACACUACGGAGCAUUGUGAAGAGGUUUCUGGUCCGGUGCCAGCCGUGAAGGAAACCGAGCCGAGCGGAAACGGACAGCUGAUCACCUGGAGACUCAUUUCUGCUCUUUGAUUAAAUCAUCUUAAUAAUGGAUCAUAAUAACGUUCAAAGACGGUUCUCUCUGGCCGCGCGUCUUUUUCUCUGAGUGACGUUUCUUUUUGGACACUAUCAGCAAAUUGUGCCACUUUUCUUCACUCAAAAAGGAUAAAAAAAAAAAAAAACAUUCCAAUAAGUCAGAAGAAGAUAUUUAACGACCCACAUGAACAUUAUGUGAAAAAUAAAGGUCUGGAAAUGCGUCGCAAAUGCUUCUGUCUGCUUGAGGUGUGUGCCAUCAUCAGCCUGCUGCCUUCAGGCUCCGUGGCCGAUCUGACAUGUGAAGCUCUGCUCCUGCUGUCAGGAAAUGUCUCAUUACAGUCGCUGGCCUCCUCCUGGAACCAGAGCCUGAGCAACGCCACGAGCCAGUGGAGCGGCUCAGGUCUCUACUGCGACACCUCCAUCGACGGCAUCGGCACCUGCUGGCCCCGGAGCAGCGCUGGCCAGAUGGUGUCGCGACCCUGUCCGGAGAUGUUCUACGGUGUCAGAUACAACACCACCAAUAAUGUUUAUAGGAAAUGUCUCGCAAAUGGGACAUGGGCGCUGAAGGGGAACUACUCCAUGUGUAAGGCCAUACUUCACGAGGAGAAAAAAGGCAAGAUGCACUACCAAAUAGCUGUGAUCAUAAACUUCCUGGGUCACUGCAUCUCCAUGGUGGCUCUGCUCGUAGCCUUCUUCCUCUUCUUGUGUUUGAGGAGCAUCCGCUGCCUGAGAAACAUCAUCCACUGGAACCUCAUCACUGCCUUCAUUCUGAGGAACGCCACCUGGUUCAUCGUCCAGAUGACCAUGAGCCCCGAGGUGCACGAGAGCAACGUGGUGUGGUGCCGUCUCGUCACCGCCUCCUUCAACUAUUUCCACUCCACCAACUUCUUCUGGAUGUUCGGCGAGGGCUGCUACCUCCACACCGCCAUCGUCCUCACCUACUCCACCGACAAGCUGCGCAAGUGGAUGUUCAUCUGCAUCGGCUGGUGUAUACCAUUCCCCAUCAUCGUGGCCUGGGCCAUCGGGAAGCUCUACUACGACAACGAGAAGUGCUGGUUUGGAAAGCGAGCUGGUGUUUACACAGAUUACAUCUACCAGGGUCCCAUGAUCCUGGUCUUAGUGAUCAAUUUCAUUUUCCUCUUCAACAUCGUGAGAAUCCUGAUGACCAAACUGAGAGCCUCCACCACCUCCGAGACCAUCCAGUACAGGAAAGCUGUGAAGGCUACGCUGGUUCUCCUGCCUCUCCUGGGAAUCACCUACAUGCUUUUCUUCGUCAACCCGGGGGAAGAUGAGAUCUCUCAGAUCGUCUUCAUCUACUUCAACUCCUUCCUGGAGUCCUUCCAGGGCUUCUUUGUGUCGGUGUUUUACUGCUUCCUGAACAGCGAGGUGCGCUCCGCUGUGAGGAAACGUUUCCACCGCUGGCAGGAGCAGCACUCCAUCCGAGCCCGCAUGACCCAGGCCAUGUCCAUCCCCACGUCCCCUUCACGGGUCAGCUUCCACAGCAUCAAGCAGUCCACGUCGCUAUGAGACACACACACACACACACACACACAUCAUCAUCACUUCCUGCCACAUCACUGAGAACACUGUGUGUCUCUGGACCUCAGGAGGGACAUUAAACACACUGAGGACGGGAGGAAGGACACUGCAGACGUGAUGGAGAGGUUAGUGGAUCAAACAGCUGAGCUGAGCCUCUGGCUGUGAAUGUACAGCACUCCCAUUCUUUCUCCCGCCACAAAAACUUCUCCUGCGUCAGUGGAAGUGGAGCUGGUGUUGCUGACUGCACUGAACUGGACUCAAACAGACACAUUUUAACUUAUUCAUUGUUUUCCUUGCAGUUUUUAAAAAAUGUUUUCAGCUGUCUGGUCAAAGUGUUUUAUUUUGGCGUUCCGUCUUCUUCCUGUUCUCAGCUCUCAUCAACUUUAAACACAUUCCAUUCAUUCUACCUGAGUUUUGUUCCAAAAUAACACGUCAACGUCAGGCAGAGAGGAGGGUUAGAGGUGAAGUCUGGAGUCAGAAAAGAGUCAGAGACAGGAGGCAGUUAGCUUAUCUUAGAAUAAUGACUGGAAGCAGGUGGAUCUGUUAGCCGACCAGCGGCUGUCUCCAGCGUCCAAAAACCAGCAGAGAAAUAUCACACAAGUGCAAGUUGAGAUACAUUAUUUAUGCUUCUGCUCCAACACAUUUCAUACAGAAAUAUUGACCCUUUUUGUCUCCGCUGCAUUUAUCUAAAGUUACUUUACAAUGUGACUCAUUGUUAACUGUCUCUAAUUAGUGUUUAAUAUUUAUUAUGAGAGACGUAUGGAAAACUGUCUGAACAUUUAUUAUUCUGGACAUCAGUUUCCUCCACUAGUGAACUAGUGAAAGCAAAAUAUUCACUAGUUAACCAGUUAAAGCCAUUUGGGACCUCUUUAGUUAACUAGUAAGGCCAAAAAGGCUUCAACUAGUUAACUAGUGAACAUUUUAGCCUUCACUAGAGGUACUUUAUACUUCUACUCCACUAAAUUUCAUCCAGAAAUAUUGAACUCUUUAUCUCCGCUGCAUUUAUCUAAAGUUCCUUACAACAUGAUUUACUGUUAACUCAAGCUGCAAGCUGAGAAGAGGCAAACAUCACACACACCUGCAGCUUGGCGAGUGUGUGCGUCUGCAUUUAUUAAGCGCUUAAAAAAGCAACAAUACUGAUUAAUUUAAUGGUGCACAGAAUGAUUUAGUGCAGCUGAAGGUGAACGCUCACAUCAGUGAAACUAAAGUAGAAGAGAAUUUGUUCAAAUGUAUCAAGACCUUAAAAUGAGCACUUAUUUUACAGUGUAUUUAAUGCACUAAUGCCUGGUGAAUGAAUUAGUAAAAUGACAUUCAUGCUUUUAUUCUGAAUGGUGGCUGCAGCUCCUGUAGUUUUGUGCCGGUAUGAUUUGAAGAGUUUGGAUGACUCGUGCUGAUUCUGAUAAUUUAGUCGACAUUGCCAAACUCUAUUACAUCCUUUGGUUUUUCUUUAUAAAGCCUGUCGUCAUUUCUGCACAUAUAAAUCAGUGGAGAAACUUUGGACGGUCUCAGUUUUUAAGUGAUGCUACAGUCUGUUUACACAUCUGCAACGGAAAACCAUUAAUACAUGUAAAGAAGUUGCACAUCAAAGCUCAUCAAAGGACAUUUUCUAAAUUAUACGCAAUGCAGGACUUUAACUCAGUAUUUAAACAGUAAAGAAUUUCCUCCUCUGCUCGUAUGCAGAAGUGAGAGUGAAAAGAAAACCCUCUGUGAUGCGACUGAAAGCUCUGGAAAAAACGCACUCAGGAUCUUGAGUGAUGAACUUUGAUG